GAUACGCAUGUCUGCUAUCUCGGUACUUCAACGACUCUUGCUAAUGGAUCGGUAUUUCAACUAAAGCCAUGAAGUCUCUGGUUCCUUGAUUUCCGAGAUGUGCCUACCUGUGUUCAAAUAACAGCUCGCAAGUUCUAGGACACAGGAAAGUGACAUACUGGGUGGGGGAUUUAAUCCGGACUUCAAGAGAAUGCUUGAGAACAGAGAUAGGAUUGGGCGAAAACAUGGCAAUGGCGUAAGUGCGUCUCGGCCAGCUGCAGGUUACGAGUUAUUUGACCUGGUUUUCUUUGCUUCUGUCCACCGAAGUGGUGUGGUGCGUGCGGAGAUAUAUGUCCAGACAUUAUAUCAUCUCCUCACUUCCUUUCUCCUUCUUCAAUCCCACAGAGUCCCGCGGCGCUUCAUUACGAUAACUUGAGCCAUCUCCCAAUACAUUCACAAAAACGAAGCAAGACCUCUCAAAACAUUGCAAAAAUGCACGGAACCGAUAUCUUAGCCUUGGCCUUUCGCAUAGGACAAUUUGCUUUCAGUACCAUCGUCGUCGGUCUUACGAGCUCACAUCUUCACUCAGCCAGAACUGAACCAUCAUGGUCUAAGAAACGAUUCAUCUAUACCGAUGUUGUUGCCGCCCUAGGUUUAUUCGUCUCCCUCUUCUUCAUGUUGCCGUUCACUUGGAACUUCAUUCAUUGGCCGAUCGAUUUCUUGAUGUUUGUUAUGUAUAUGAUUGCUUUUGGUUUACUCGUGGAUUUCAUUGCACCACUCAACUGCGGCAGUAUAUUCAACUGGUACGGAGUCUUCGGUUCCUCCGCUUGUGCGAGAUGGAAAUCAGACGUCGCUUUUACAUUCUUGGCUUCAUUGUUCUUCCUCGGUUCUUUCCUCCUCGGAACAUAUAUCCACUACCGUAAUCGCCACACAGUCGUCACCGAUCAACCAGCCAAUAAUGGCCAACAAAGCAAUGGUCUCGGCGGUGCACGCAAGAAAUGGUAUCGAUCGCGUGCCGAACCAUCGCGCAUCUGAUAUCCGAGCGGUGGGCUUCAUUUUGGGUUUCGAUUCGAUCCAUCUCGAUGAUGCAUUUGAAGUGAAGUGAGAUGUUGUUGGAUUUGGGACAUGGAAGUAUGGGAGGAAGUAAUGAUGAGAUGACGAGGCUGGAUAUGACAGGAUAGGAUACGAACGAUACCCCUUUUUCUUCUUCUUUUCCAACCUUACUUCUUUGCUUUUUGCAGCAUCUUUUUUCCUUGGAGUGAUUUUUUUUUUAUUUUUCGUCGACAAACAAACAGGCAGGCUGUAUGUCUGCCACCGUACAUUAUGAUGGGAAGAUAAAUGGUUUCGUUA